UCUUAUAUAACACGAGCAUCCCAUCAGGCUGGAGGCGCCAUAAAGCAUCGUAAAGUGUGGUAACAAAGGUUGCUUGUUAGUUCAGCGUUUGCCUGCUUUUCCUCACGAAUUUGCCAGUAGUAUAAUUCUUCCUGUUGUACAACGGCCAUAACUUUAUGGAACAGAUGGAUCGUAACGGUUCUGGAGAAAAUGGAGGCAUGAGGAGCGGAGGCUACAUGCGAUCCAGAUCCAGAUCACCCAGAGACCGCAGCCCCGACCGGGGCCGAGAUUCGAGUCGCGGUCGAAGAAGUCGCGAUACACGUCGAAAUCGAGCACCUUCGGAUCGCCGCGUGUAUGUGGCGAACAUUCCUUUCGAUUCUAAAUGGACAGAUAUCAAGGAUCUCUUCCGCGAAAAAGUUGGUGAUGUCUCUUACGUGGAGCUGUUUGACGACGAGAACGGUAAAUUCCGCGGUUGUGGCAUUGUGGAACUCAAGGACAAGGGGUCUGUACCCAAAGCUAUUGAAGUGCUGCACAGGCAUGAGAUGAAAGGUCGAUUCCUUGUUGUGAAAGAAGAUUUUGACGUGGAACGGGAUCGCUACGGACGGCCUCUGACGAGGCGAUCAGGGAGCGGAGGACGCAUGUCUUCGCUGGACCGGGACUCCGGUGGACGCCACGGAGGUGGCGGCGGAGGCAUGGGAGGGGGCUACAACACAUAUGGUCUCAGCCCACAGUUCUUGGAUUCUCUGGGCAUCGUUGGGCCCCUUUCAAACAGGGUUUUCGUUGCCAACCUCGACUACAAGGUUACAGACAAGAAACUGCAAGAAAUCUUCCGUCUGGCUGGUCAUGUUGCAAAUGUCGAGCUGCGAACAGACAAAGAAGGCAACAGCAAGGGCCAUGGCAUCAUUGAAUUUGAUCACCCCAUCGAAGCUGUCCAGGCGAUCUCUAUGUUUAAUGGACAAAAGCUCUUCACGCGACCAAUGAGUGUUAGGAUGGACAAGUACAACGAGGACCUCGACGGAGGUGUGCCGUCAAAGUUGCCAAGUGGCCUACAAAGUGUGGGCAAAGGUCUCGGUGCUGGUGGAAACCCCCUUCAAAUUAAUGCGGCAGCCGCAGCAUCUCUGAAUGCCCCAAUGGGUCCCAUGGGAGCAGCCAACCCGCCGAUGGGAGGUGGCGGCUUGGGCAUGGGGGGAAUGGGCAAUAUGGGCGGCAGCACAGGCAUGGCCGCUGCAGCUGGCAUGACCGGCAUGGGUUCCAUGGGAGGCAUGGGCAACAUGAGUGGUAUGGGCGGCAUGGGCACGAUGGGUUCCAUGAGCUCCAUGGGUAAUAUGGGUGGCAUGGGCAACAUGGGAGGUCUCGGAGGCAUGGGGGGCCUCUCCGAACGGUCGCUGAUGGGCACGGCAGCAGGCAUUGGUUCUCAGGGCUCUGGCCUCAGCUCACUCGGAGGAGGAGGUGCUGGAGCCGGUAUGAGCAUGUCUGGCAUCUCUGGCCUCGGUGGAAAUCCAAUCCAGGGACUUGGACCACUAGAAUACGAUCGGCCCGUUGAUGUUGCAGAAUACAGAAGUCCGAGGUCAUCUGAUACCAUCAUAGUACAAAAUCUUCCCAUGAGCUACACCUGGCAGAACCUGCGGGACAGAUUCCGUGACGUGGGAAGCGUGCGCUACACAGAGGUGAAAGGGAGGGGCACAGCGAUUGUGCGCUUCAACUCGGAACGGGACGCUCAGCGUGCCGUAGACAUGAUGCAUGGAAUCCGCAUCGAGAACCGACAGAUCGAAGUACGACUCCACUGAAAAUCCCAACGUAGCAAAGCAACGGUGGACAUUUUUUACCAGGACAACGGGGGUCCAUUCAUCCAUUCUUUGUUUCCAUUUCACUGGCACUGUUUUAGAAUAAAGUCUCCUGUGCAGCAAGCUGCACCCCUUUGGGCCCAUCA